AUGUCUCUAAUCCGUGCUCGUAAUGGCGCCGACGCACCUCCAACCCGCGCAGCCGACUUCGCUCAAGACCCUCAGAAAACUUCCACCAAGGGCAAGGUACCGACAGGAUAUGCACAGGAAAUCGCCAUCUCGGAGCAGAGCUUUCGAAAUCUUCACCGAGAUGUCCAGUCGCAGUCGCGAGCCGGCAAGAAAAGGAAGCGAGAGACCAAAGGCGACAGUGGGACGGUAUAUGGCGCAUCAUCUUACAAAGGACCUUGGGCGAAGUAUGAAGAGCGAAGGAUUGACAGUGAUAGCGGGGAGGAGGUGGAGGUGGAGAUAGAAGAGGGAGACGAGAGCGGGGAGGACGAGGUCGUGCAAUAUGAAGAGGAUGCGAUCGUGCCGGUACCCGCGAAGGGAACGUUGGCAGGCACCGGCUAUGCGGAGACUGGCGCUGAGAAGGAGACAAGUGUAUUUGAAGGAACCCAACAACACGACUACCAGGGACGGACGUACAUGCAUGUACCGCAAGACCUGGAUAUCGACCUUACGAGCGACUUUGAGAACCUGAGCCUGAAGUGCUACUACCCCAAGAAGCAAGUCCACUCCUUCACGCCACACUUCAGCGGCAAGCCAGCGCACGAGAAGAGCAUCACAGGACUCAAGUUCUUCCCAUCUUCAGGCCACCUCCUACUAUCCUCAGCAGCAGACGGCAAAGUCAAGCUCUGGGACGUCUACCACGACCGCGAACUCCUCCGCUCCUACACCGGCCACACCAAAUCAGUCGUCGAUAUCGAUUUCACUCCGGACGGCACAAAGUUUCUCUCCGCCAGCUACGACCGCCAGAUCAAAGUCUGGGACACCGAGACUGGAGCCUGUCUAGGCCGCUACAGCAGCGGCAGCACCCCCCAUGUCGUGCGCUGGCAGCCCGACGACCGCAGCGGGAAAGAAUUCCUAGCCGGCAUGCACGACAACAAAAUCGUGCAAUUCGACACACGCAUCGAGCCCGGCGCAUCAGGUGACAAAAAGAACCCGGUCCAGGAAUACGACCACCAUCUCGGCCCCGUCAACACCAUAACCUUCUGCGACGAGAACCGCCGCUUCAUCACCACCUCCGACGACAAGAGUUUGCGAGCCUGGGAAUACAACAUCCCUGUCCCCAUCAAAUUCAUCGCCGAGCCGCACAUGUUCCCCCUCACCUCCUCCGCCGUGCACCCGACCAAACCCGCCAUUUUACUGCAGAGCGCGGAUAACACGAUCCAAGUCUACAACACCGGCGAGAAGAUCCGGCAGAACCGCAAAAAGGACUUCCGCGGGCAUAAUACAGCUGGGUAUAGAGUAGGAUUGGACGUGAGCCCCGACGGUGGAAUCGUGGUGAGCGGGGAUUCGGCUGGGUAUUUGUGUGCGUGGGAUUGGAAGACGUGUAAGCUGUGGCAUAAGCUGAAGGCCGGGGAGAACGGGAAGGCGGUCGUGGCGGUGGGGUGGCAUCCGAGGGAGAGCAGUAAGGUGGUUACCGGGGAUUUGGAGGGUAUGGACUGA